GCAAAAAUGGUUCGACUUCGAGUUCGACACGAAUCCUGGCCGACUUGGAGGAAGACGAAUGCUGUCGGUCCGAGGCUGCCGCCCCUGAGGGCGGCGAUACAGCCAGUGAAGCAGCUGCAAAAGGUGUGUCCGGCUCUGGCAAGAAGACAUGCUCCUCCUGCCGAGUACUAGGAACGACUCCGGGAAACACAAAUAAAGGGCUACAAGUAGAAAAAGAGGACCACCCGCCGCCCAAAUCGCUUAGUGCCGCAAAAAAUGUGAGUAGCCUACGAGAUGACCACGUCGAUGCAGCGGGCAGAACCAGAAGCUCCUGCUCCAGCAAGGCAGCGAUAAAUUUCUACCAAGAUGUCACGUCAGGACGGCCUGAACCGCCGGUCGCGAGGAGUCCGAAGGGCAUCAGUAG